AUGUCAAGUCAACUCUUUCAUGUCUCUUUGUUGUUCCUCCUUGCCGUGUGUUGUGUCGAGUCGAUUGGACUCGGGCGAAUCCAAGGAAAACUGCCGUUCAUCAAGCAUAAAUGGGGAAUGCUGUCAAAGGAGAAAAUCAAUGAGUUCAAACAGUCUUUCGGACGGGCAACAAACGUUGACCGAUUCCUAAUGGCAUUGGAUCGAAUGAACACAGCGAGGAGAGAUUACAAGCCAACCGAUGCGGAAAAAGCUGAAUGGGCCGCAAAGCUUAAACAUCUCCAAAACUACGUUCGAUCCCCACGACUCCCAAAUGAAAAGACCAUUGAUGAGAUCAAUCAGGCUGCUGGUUUGGCCGAAUCAUUGUAUGGAGGAGAUAUGAAGCUCACAGACGCGCAAGUCGAUGCUUUGCUUGGAGAGUUUGUCGAUGAUGAUGAAGUCGAAGGACAAGUUGAAACAAGAGAGAAGAGACAGGCCUAUUAUGAUGGUGGAUAUCCGUACAUUACCUGGGGUACAACUUUCUACUAUUAUUUUGAUGAAAAUUAUGCCCCGGCCAAACAAACGGUUGCACGAAUGGCAAUCGCUUUUUGGGCAAAUGUGACUUGUAUCAAUUUUGUGGAAGACGAAAAUGCUCCAAAUCGUGUCCGUUUCUACUUGGGCACCCUUUGCAAUUCGAAUGUUGGAAUGGUUGGUGGAGAGCAAAGUAUCCAAUUGACAGAAGGCUGUGCUAAUAAUUUUCGUAACGCGGCUCAUGAGAUCGCUCACGCUCUCGGAUUCUUUCACAUAAUGAGCCGAUUCGACAGAAAUGAUUCCAUAACCGUAUACCUGGAUAAUACCAGCAACACCAGCAACUACAACUAUGGAAUUCCAUAUGAUUAUGGAAGUCUCAUGCAAUACGAUGAGACGGCCUUUUCCAUUGACGGUACGACAAAGACGAUGAUGGCCAAGGUUAUACCUUAUCAAAAUGUGAUGGGGGGAAAUCAGGUGUCCUUCUACGAUAUUUCGAUGAUGAACGAACAUUAUCAAUGCAAACAAUUCUGUCCAACUGGGGCAACAUGUGUGAAUGGAGGCUUCAGAGAUUCGAAAAACUGCAAUAUUUGUUUUUGCCCAAGUGGAUGGGGUGGACCGACUUGCUCGGAUAGGGCACCCGGUUGUGGAGCUACUCUGACGGCCACUACAACGCUACAAACGCAAAAUUGGACUAUUGGAACAGCUAAUGUUGAAAAUCCCACCUUUGAGACGUGCAGUUUUUUGAUUAAAGCUCCUGCCGGAAAUAAAGUCGAGGUGGUGAUCAAGGCUCUCACCAGCGAUAAAUGCACAGCGGGUUGUACACAAAAAAGCAUCGAGGUGAAAGGGAGCAGCGAUCAUCGACUCACUGGGCUCCGCUAUUGUUGCAUAGAGGAUGUCGGGAACAAAAUUAUUUCUGAAGGCCAUAUAGUGCCAACCACCUCAAAGAAGACCACGACAACGCCUUUACCCGCUUGUCAAAGAUGUACGAAAAACGUGGACGAAAUAUACAACGAGAAGUACUACGCCAAAUUGGGAACGCCAGCUUACCGCUACAGCAAUGAUCCAGCCAACAACAAUUGUUUGAUUGCCGAUUGGUUUUGUCGAGUGAAUGCUCCCGAAACGACCGCCGUCUUCGAGUUGUGGCAAGGGGAAUCCUAUACAGAAAAUUUAUACGGUUACAGAGAAGAUGGAAAGAGCUCGAUUGGCUACAAUAGCACCAUUGCUGGAGGCGACUAUCGACCAUUUGUGUGUAACGAUGAUGAACAGUGGAGCUUUGAUGGAGUGACGGACUUCAAGUUGGAUUGUUUUGCUCCCGAUGAU